CACGCCUCAGACACCAUGCUGUCUCCCAGGGCCCUGCCCAGCCUUGCCUGGGUGCUGCUCUCCUGCCUGGUGCUCCUAUCCCAGGUCCAAGGUGAAGACUCCCAGAAGGAAGUACCUUCUCCACGGAUCAGCUGUCCCAAGGGCUCCAAGGCCUAUGCCUCCCACUGCUAUGCCUUGUUUACAACACCCAAAUCCUGGAUGGAUGCAGAUCUGGCCUGCCAGAAGCGGCCCUCUGGACACCUGGUUUCUGUGCUCAAUGGGGCUGAGGGAUCCUUCGUGUCCUCCCUGGUCAAGAGCACUGUGACCACCUACUCAUACGUCUGGAUUGGGCUCCACGACCCUACUCUGGGCUCUGAGUCCAAUGGGGGUGGAUGGGAGUGGAGCAGCACUGACCUGCUCAACUACCUUGCCUGGGAGAAAGAUCCCUCCACCAUCACCAACUCUGGCCACUGUGGGAGCCUGUCGAAAAGCACAGGAUUUCUGAAGUGGAAAGAUUACAACUGUGAUACGAAGUUACCCUAUGUCUGCAAGUUCAAGAACUAG